UCGCUGGUUGUCAUAAAUUAUCUACGUCAUCUCCAGAUGUUUGUAGAUGAGAUUUUUAUAAGUGGUUUUGGUGAAGCUUUAAUUUUGUUCUGUUUUGUCUAAUUUGUAUAAAUUGAGGUUAAUUUUAGAUCAUAGAAAUGACUUUGAUCCAAGGCGUAGGAGAUGAAGUAACAGAUUUUUGUAUUGCUGUGGUUGUGGUCUUAGUAGGAUGGCUUGCCUGGUAUUCCACAAGUAUUACAGAUCAACCAUUAAUACGCACAGUACUUGUAAUACAUCGAACACGCACACGUCUUGCCGAACUUAGAGCUACUCAUCAAAAUGUAAGCUCAUUUACAAGACCUCCAAAUUUGGAGGUAACCGAAGAAGAAACUACAGAACCAAUUACAGAUGAUAGUAAUAACACAUCACAAAGUUGUCCUGAACCAUCUAUUGCAGACACAAAUGGAGAAAUUUCUCCUGACACACAUAGAAUGUCUGAAGCAACAGCUACAGAGGAAGUACUUAUUGAAACUAUGGAUUCAUUUAAUGAUAGUGCAACAAAGUUGCAAAAACAAACCAAAAUAAACCCUCCUAAAGAGACAAGUAUAUCAACAUCAACGUGUAAUGAACCCAUAGAACAUGAAUGUGAAAAUCUUUCAGACACUGAUGCUAAUGAAAUUAGUAUAAAACUAAAGUUUAUAAAUGAUGAUCAAAAAAUGGUUACUGGUAGCCUGAAAGAAUUACUUGGGGAUUUUAAGAGGAGACACUUUCAAACAGAGCUUGAUGCACAAAAAUUAGUGCGUCUAGUUUUUAAUGGUCGAAUAUUGCAACCUGAUAGUCAAACAUUGGAAAAAUGUGGCUUGUAUAACAAUUGUGUAGUUCAUUGUUUGGUUCAUCAACCACGACCAAAUCCUGUACCUCCUGUAUCUCAAGCAUCAACAUUAGAUAAUUCGUCAUCAAUAUAUUUUAAUCCUCAAACAUUUCCUGAGAUUCCUGUUGGUACAGGAAUUAGUUCAGUACAUAACGAAUGGGAUUUGAGUAGACCAUUAGUGAUCAUUUUGACUGUCAUGUUAGGUUUUGCUUGGUAUUCCCGAUACCAUUAUGCUCAGUUUUUUACUGCGAGUACUACGCUCGCAUUGUACGCCCUCACUGCAAUUUUCGCAAUGUCAGUAGCUUUAAUAUUAUGUCAUUAGUUAGUAAUAUCUUUCUCAAUCAAGACAACAGAAAUAUUGUGUGAUCUUAUAAGAAAGAAACUGAUCAAGGUAUUACUUUGGAACAUGAUUUUGUAAACAUCGAUAUGUGUUUUUUAGUGCAACAGAGUUUGAACUCAUUGGUUCCUGGCAUCAAGGAGAACAUGAAGAGUUAUUGUGAUUUUUAAUGUAUAAAAGAAUUCACAUGAAUAAGAGGUGAAGUAUACUUAGAUAGUAUGGUUGCAUUUCAAAUUUGAAAUCAAUUUAUGUGCAUUAAGCUCAAUGUUUUUAUUUAUAUAUUUAAUACAAUAAGAAAAUUUCUUUGGGUUUAUAUAAAAUAUCACAAUUAUAAAUGGAAACAUAUAUAACAUUAAAUAAAUUUGGACGAUUAGUAUUUUACUAACUAGCCAACACUUGUUCAUUUGAAUAUACAUAUUUAUGAAAUUAAUUUUCGAUAAAUGUUAUUGAACUGUUCAAUUAGUCAUAAUAAAUAUUAUAAACGAUAAUUGCAAUGGCACUAUAUCAUUUUGAACGCAAAAUUUGUUAUAUACUUAUACAUUCGUUAUAUUUUUUAUUGAAUUUGAAAUUUACAUUACCUAUAUGUGACUUAAACUUGAAUAUGCUGUGUAACUAUUAUAAAUUACAGUUAUUAGAACAAAAUCAUUAUGCUUUUAUAAUCUUCCAAAACUUCUAAUAUUAGAAUGAAAAUUACCUGUAAUGACAACAUUUUUUAAAUACCAUUACGUGAAUUGUUAAAAAAAAAUAAAAGUCAUUAACAGUGUGUACAUACAUAACUCAUUAUAUAUUAAGCAAUCAUAAUUGUAACUUAUUAGAAGAUACACUUCAUAUUACUUCCAGAAAAGAAAAUUCGUUACUUUUUCGGACAAAUGAUGCCAUUGAAGACAGUGAUUUAUCGUUACUUUUGCAAUACACUGUACUAUAGUAGUUUAUAGAAAAAUCAAAUUAUGUGGAACUAUCACGAUUUUUAUUAAAUGCGAAAUAACUAGUUAUUUAUUU